UGGUCUGUGUCGGUGCUUAGUCUUUGACAAUACGUUACAAAGUAACAAACAAAGUUGAUUUUUGAAUAUUUUCCUUUUCCAGUUCUAAACUUAAAUAUUUAUAUUUUAAUUGUUUGUACUGCUUUUGAUUUAGAUAAUUCGUGUUCCGUGCAUUCAGAAAAAAAAAAACAAAAUGAGUGCUCCAUCCAAUUUAUUGGAGUCUGAAAAUACUGAAAAUGAUACCAAAAAUACACCAUCGAGAAAACAGAAAAUAGAAGAUUACUUUGUCCGUGAGGACAAGAAAAAUGAGAAGUCAGAGACCAGGAGUGUGCAAGUCGAUAUGGAUGACGGGGGUAUAGCUCUGCGUCUGCAUAGCAACAACUAUUGGUAUCAACAAGCUGAAGAGAAAAGAAAAGAGCUGGAAGAGGCUCUUAAAGAGAAUGAAAGACUGUGCCAGAUUAAAGCGGCUUUGCGUGAGGAGAAUUUGCACUACAAGCAAAUGCUGGAAGAAGUGCAGAGCUUCGUAGAUGUCUAUAAGGAGGAAGUGGACGAUGCUGCCAACGACACUGGAAUAGAUUUGGGAGCUUCCGAUGAAUCUCAGAACAUCAGCUCUUAAAUAUUUACCCAAUAAUGUCCCUACAAGUACCUUAAUUACUAGCGUUCUUUAGUUAUUAUUAUGUUAUUUAAUGACCCAAGUGUGUAAUCCAUCGGUAGAAUGAAUUGUUUUAUGUUUAAUAAUGUAUGUAUCACAAAAUAAUAGGUGUUUAAAAAUGAAAA